AUGGCCCAGCAGCUCCUUCGGGCCUACGAUGAGAUCCCUGACAGCACCCAGUGUCACCGCAAGACCUACAUCACCACUGCAUUCGGCGGCCUCAUUGGCACCAUAGGCUCAGCCUACAGCAUCGUACUCAACCUUGCAGACACCCACCUGGAAGCAGUGGCCAGGGCUGGCUGGUACACGUUCACUGCAGCUGCUGUCGGAGCUAUGUUCGGCCUCACCACCUGUGUCAGUGCCCAGGUCCAUGAGAAGCCAGAUGACCCCCUGAACUACUUCAUUGGAGGUUGCGCUGCAGGCCUGACCCUGGGAGUGCACACUCACAACUAUGGGACUGCAGCUGUGGGCUGCGUAUACAUGGGCACUGCAGCCGCCCUGUUCAAGAUGGGCAAGCUGGAAGGCUGGGAGCUCUUCACCACCCCCAAGGUGUGA